AUGCUCGCCUCGCUGCUUCUACUAAGCUGCCUUUUCCACCAAUCUCUGCCGCUACGAAUAGAUCGAAGCCCACAGCAGACACCAGAGGUAUCAGAUGACGAGUACGACGUUGCUGAGAGAGACCGACAGUUUCUGAAGUGGAUGAACCGGCACACACCCCAACCCGCCGUCUACCUCCCCAACGCCGACGUGGACGAAGUCGAAGACGACGCCGUCGCUACCUACCUGGCUAGACUGCGGAAGCUGCGGGCUGCUCAGAAGCGGUUCAAGCCAAAGAUGCCCAUCUACCUUGGCCUCAUUGGCAAACGCUAG